AUGCCUUCGCUUUUCGAAAGCCUGCCCGCCGAAACCUUCAACCGCAUCCUCAGUUACUUGCUCCAUUAUAAGGAAACCGCGCGUCCAGGUACCUCAACCCGACCUCGCCGAUACGCCUUCGAACCGGUCGUUCUUCGCCUCAACAACGCCAUCUACAACCUAGCUCGGUCCUUCUUUCAUAAACAGAACCAGUGGAUCGUGGUCAAUCUCAAUGUUCCACGGCUACUCAUCAGUCCAGAGAAGUUCGGCAUACCCGUCUUCUGCAUCCCGAACUCUCACCUUGUUGGGCGUCUGCCCGAAGGCGUUAUUCGGGCUGAUAUCAUGUUUCCGACUCCAAUCCAAGAUGAAAGGGUCUGGUUGACAGCACAGGAACGCACCUGUUCCUACACUGGCCACCCCAUUGAGACCACGUGCACCACGUACCUAGUCCUGCCUCCAGAUCUGCGGGACUUCAUCUCCUAUCUACGGCUCAACGUCCUUACCUAUUGCGCAAGGGUGCGCAAUGGUGCCGUUUUCACAGCGUUUGCCGCCAUACAAGAGCGCGUAACAGUAGCUGGACUGUCUAUCAAUCUCGAAUUAGCUCCAGACGCACCGCCCGAAUAUCGCGCCUUGCUAGGCAGCUUUUCGGCCCUCCACGGCCACUUCCACCAAUUCACAAUCAAGAACAACCCCGACAUCCAGCUCUCGAACUCCAUUCGGCGGUCAAUCACCACUUCCCAUCCCGACCCAUCCUCCAUCAUAUCCGAAUGCGUGAAAGCCAUCCUGUGGCUGCAGCGCGUCGCGGAAGAACACAUGGUCGCCGGCCGCUAUGCCCUUGCGCUUACCUCAUACAUGUUUUGCAACAUAUUCAACGACUGUUCACCAUUGUGUAAUCUCACUAUCGACUUCCCUUACAGGCUCCAACUCUGGUGCGACAACCUAUACUACGCUCUUGCGGCAACGAAUACCGCGAAUGCGUGUCUAGCACGAGUACGGGGAAAUUUAUACCACCGCGGCGAGGAUGCAGACUCGCGCAAGCUCAUGUUCAAUCAUGAGGCUGAUGCGAUAUCCUUUCUGACAGAUCAAGACGCUAACGGUAGCGCAGAGAAACUUUUUGCGGGCGUCUACGAAGCUAUCCUAGGUGCCGACAAAAUCCUCAAUUCAAUUGGCGACCGCAUGCUUGAUGCACGGCGUAUGAAGAUUAUGUGGAUGAGCGUGUAUGACGGAAACCAUCCGAUAGAUUCGGUAUAUCGGCCUUUCAUACGGGCGCUGGAGAAUCUGUUGUCCGAGUACUACAGGACGAACCUUGAAGAAAAGAAGACAGCGCAUCUUCGCGAGCUUAUGCGCGAAGUGAAGCCGUGGAGGUGGCUCAUUCACGAAGACGACUACUCAAGCGAUAUGUUGGAUCUGGGGUUGCAGCUGGUGGACGGCGACGAGGAGGGGAGGUAUUCUUUGUUUGAGAUUCCGUGGGGCGGAGAGGGAAGGCCGGGACAGAGAUAUCUGCUGUAA